CAGAGUAGCUAAUGAAGAGCCCCAUUUAGCUAGCGACUUUGGUUCAGUCGGCGCUCCGUAUCGCCGGCCGGCCCUCGGCUACAGCGACUGGCUGCUGGCGCUCUGACAUCACACGGGCCAGCUGUUGAUUUGGCUCUGUCUCCAAGGCUGGCUGGCUUGAUGGGUUGUGGCAGGUAGACUUGUGCUCUUCCUUCCUCCCUCCUUCCCUCCCUGCUCUCUCUCUUUGUGACACCCACUCCUCCCCUUGUCGUCUCCCACUACACUCUCCUCUCCUCCGUCUUCCGCUCGCACUCAGUCGAGCAGGAGUGCAGGAGGCAGCAGGCGGCUGGGAGGCGACUCCAGCCUCCUCUCCAGCAGAUUGCGCCUCCCGUACGAUGGAAACUAAACGGUUGCACGGCAGACGGGAUGGAGGGCAGAGCUGCCGGGCACGCAGGUCGGCAGGGGUCAUGAGGGUGUCGGAGGCCCCGCUCGCUGUGCAGAGCAGCUGAAGCAGACAUGGGCAAAGAAGUCUUGGAGGGCAUCGGAAGGCUCGGCAACAGCUGCAUCCACCACUGGCUACACAACAAGUUCCCAGUAUUCAGCAGCAUCUCCCAGUAAGACUUUGCGAUGAGAAUGUCCGAUAUCGCGGAUGCUGAAACAAUGAAGGUUCCCGAUGACGCCGCGUCGCCCACCAGAGACAACGCCGCCAAGCAUGAGGUCCGCGACCAGAGCCAUGGCAGCAAGGAAGAACAUGGCAGCAACAAUAAGGACAUUCAGCCUGAGAAGCACUCCAAGUCCAGUACCAGGCUAAAGCUGGUGCGGAGCCUGGCAGUGUGCGAAGAAUCUUUUCCUCUCCCUAUUCCUGAACCUUCUGCUGCACCUCAGGAUGGAUUCCUCCCCCCUCCGGCCUUCGAAAACGAGGAGCGCGGCGCGAAGGACCAAGCCGAGAAAGAAGGCGGCUGCGACAAGGUGGACAAACCGGAGAAGGCGCCGAGAAAAAUGCUCUCAAGAGAUUCGAGUCAGGACUACACUGACUCCACCGGCAUAGACCUCCAUGAGUUCCUUGUCAACACGCUGAAGAGCAACCCCAGGGAUCGAAUCAUGCUGCUAAAGUUGGAACAGGACAUCUUGGAUUUCAUCAGCAAUAAUGAAAGCCAGAAGAGAAAGUUCCCCCCCAUGACGUCUUACCACCGGAUGCUGUUGCAUCGCGUAGCCGCCUACUUUGGCAUGGAUCACAACGUGGACCCCAGCGGAAAAUCAGUGGUGAUCAACAAAACCAUCAACACUAGAAUACCCGAUCAGAAAUUCUCGGAGCACAUCAAGGAUGACAGGGCGGACGAUUUUCAAAAACGCUACAUUCUCAAACGAGACAACGCCAGCUUUGAUCGCGAAGAGAGCACGAUCCGAAUGCGUUUGAAAGCUGACAAGAGGAGCAAAUCGAUGGAGGAGAGGGAGGAGGAGUACCAGCGAGCCAGAGAAAGGAUUUUUGCACAUGAUGGAGAACACUUCCUACUAGAUAGAAGCGCACAGGAGGAACACGCGUUGCUGAGCACUCAACAGAGGCGCCAAAUGUUCAGGUUACGAGCCGGCCAUUCAGGCGCCAGCCGCCAGAGCAGCUCCGAGACGGAGACGCUGCCGCGGCACGGUGAGCCGCGGCCGUGGAGCAGCACGGACAGCUCGGACAGCUCCAACCGGCUCGCCCCGCGGCCCGCCAUCACCAAGGCCAGCAGCUUCAGCGGCAUCUCACCGGGCCUGGUGAGAGGAGACAGCACGGCCAGCAGCAAGAGCACCGGCAAGCUUUCCAAAACAGGUUCUGAAUCCUGCAGCAGCGUCGGCUCCUCGUCUAGCUCUCUCUCUCGCCCCCACCUGCCCCUCCAAAUCCCCUCCGCCUCGCGCUCCGUCGUCCCCGGCAACCCCGUACCCCUCCGCGCCGUCGACGCCAGAGUCCCGGGACAUCCCGAGGCGUCGAAGAGCGGCCCCUCCCAGCUGCUGCCGUCCGCCGCCGACGCGAGCGGCUACUACAUGCUGCCGCUGGACGUGGCAGGGAUUCCACCUGGCAGCAUCCUGAUCAACCCGCACACAGGCAAGCCUUUCAUGCACCCGGACGGCAGCGCCGUAGUUUAUAACCCGCCUGCAGGCAGGAUCCCACAGCAGGGGAAAACGCCGCUGCAGCCCAUCCCUGCGGCGUCGCAGCAGCCGGCCAAUCACGUUCACUCACAGCCAGUCUAUCCUUCUCUUCAGCCGUCCUCUGAGCCUGUCCACAACCCAACAGUUUCUUAUCCUCUUCAUCCUCCUCUUCCUCCUUCUCAGUUCCUGCCCGUCUGUCCUAACCAACAAUACACUGUGCCUGAUGUCCUGAGCGCCCAGUUUGGUCACAUGACCCUGUCGCAGCAGCCAUCGAGCGACGGCGCCGGAGUGUCGGCUCCAGACGGCCGCCACUUCCCGUCACCCUACACCCACCAGUCGGCCGUGGUGCUGCAGGGAGCUCCACCGCCGCAGGUCAGCGGCUACAUGGUGGCAGGACCAUUAGGGGGCCACCCCGGGAUGCUGCAGGGUCAGCACAUCCCGACAGCACUGGCGCCCAACCCCUCGUACUCCAACACGGGCCCCGCCCCUUUUCCCACGCUAAAUCAGCCCCUCCUCCAGCAGCACGCCUACAUCCAGCAGCCCGUACAACAGAUGUCCACGUGUUACUGCUCAUCAGCUCACCAUCCUCAGUGUUCCAACCAGCAGCAGCAGCAGCCGCCGCCGCCGCAGUAUCGACCUCCGCUCAACCCACUGACCUAUAACUGUCCUCAGAGCCAAAACCUGCCCCAGCAGCAAGUGCACCAAGCCAUGAUGCCAAACCCGGCGUCCAGCUACCAGACCGUAGUGGGCGUGCAGCCGACUCCCAGCCUCGCUCUCACUGGCAACCAGCAAAGCAAUAUGGCCAACCAGAUGCAAGGCAUGAUGGUCCAGUACCCUCCAAUGCAGUCUUAUCAGCAGGUUUCUGUUCCGCAGCAGACGUACCAGCAGCCAGUGUUUGUGUCCUGCCAGCCGGGACAGGGGGCGGUGGCUGUGUCUGGCAUGCAGCCCUGCUACAGCCUGCUCCCCACCAACCAGCACACCACCAUGAGCUCCACCGUCAGUUUCCUGCCCGGCCCGGUGAUGGAGUCGCUCCAGUUUCCUCAGAGCUCGUCUCCCUGCGUCUCCCAGCAGCACCCGGGCCAGCAGUACGCAGGUUUGUUGCCAGGGGCGCCUGGCGGUGGCAUGGUAAUGCUGCAAAUGGCCGCUCCUUCCUGCCAGCAGCCCCGGGCCCCGUCCCCCUGCCAGAGGAAGCAGCCCAGCCACAAACACUCCGACCAGCAGCAGCAGCGCGGCCGCAGGCCUGCAGACGUCCCCCAGACUCCUGAUAACACCCAGAGCAGCCUGCCUGCGUCUCCGGCGCUCACCCCCUCGCCCUUCCAGCCGCCCCACAUCAAGGCCCUCUCGUCAGGCGUCUCCCCCAUCCCCGUCCUGUCCCACCACCCGCAGCUUCCUACAGCCUUCAUCCACAGUGGACAAGGUGAAGCGCAUUACUCUCUCCUGGGUCAGCCUCUGCAGUACAAACCCUCCAUCAGGCCUCCGCUGCUGCACACUGCGCACAUGGUAACCAAACACCAGGGUCCUCUGGGAGUUUGGCGUAGUGGUCAUGGGAGGAAGUCCAGCAGAAAGCCUCUAUCUUCAGACCUCAGUUGAGCAGCAGUCAGAGCCUGGAAAUGAUGCGUCCUCUGGCAGGGAUCGGCUGCACAGACUCCCUCCGGAGGCUCUGUGAUGUGGCGGCGAAUCGAUCCGUCGGCUCGACGCGAGCAGCGGCGGCGCUCCCGGUGGACUUCCGGCCUCAUCACACCUCGUCUUUGCCAAAAACAGAGAAAACAAAACGCGCCACCUUAAAAACUCUGGCACCGGAUUCAAAGGGUGGGAGCAGCGUGACUCGGACAAGGCCGGCCCGACGCCGCUUGGGUCUUCGGUGCAACUUCAAAGCGCCAACAUGAAACUCUGCUGCCUCACUUCUGGACCGUCUCUCAGACACGAUCCAAAUCAAAGUAUCAGAUGUUUGACUUGUGAACAUUCACAUUUAUUUUUGUUUGUUUUAUAGCUUUUUUGUUUCUUCCUGGCAGACGGAUUUGUACAGAGUUCAGCAAAUCUGCCUUUCUGUUCUAAAAAGUUUUAGAGGAUUUAUUUGCCAGCUGGUGUGCCGCUUGUGAUAACAGGUAUAGGACUGUGACAGCGCCGCACACAUACAACUGAUUUGUUUUUGCCCACUUUUUUUUUUUUUUUUUUAUAAAAGGUUGAAUUUGUUAAAGGUUACAGAACUAGCUUUUAUCUUCAGUUGGUUACCUAACACUCUCCCCAGUAACAUCUGUACAAUGUAAAAACACUGAGUAAUAGAGACUACCUGAAUUAUUUAAAGAACCGUCAAACACAGUGAAUGUUGCAUUUGCACUGAAGUAAUCAAAGUGAAAGAUUUGAUUUGUAUCAAAGCCUGGGUUUUUUUCUUUUCUUUUAUGAUCCUUCCUCCCAUACCUGUUUGUUGCACUCGCCAGGCCACUUUGUUUUAUAUGAUUAAAUUAAAAUUCUUUAAAUGCACAAUUAAAAUGCAAAUAGUGUGUCACUCUUGACUUAAUUUGUGAAACGGGGGUUUUUCAUACUUUUUUUCUGGUUUGUUUGACUUUAAUAAAUGUUUGCACCACACAUAUUGACACUUAAGUCGGGUUAUUAAACUUUUUUCCCUCAGAGCGUGGUCAAAGACAUAACAGUUUCCGUGUCUCUGCUUGGCAGCUUUAUUUGGUUUUGCUGAGGAAAAAAACUAAAUGAGCCGAAUUACUGUUUAAUCCCGUCCGUUCGGAUUUGGGUAAACAGAGACACCUAGUGGACAAGUGGCGCUACUGCACCAACAUACAGUCAAGCCAGCAAACGGAGCCACCUAGUGGAUAGAGGAUGUUACUACAGCGCCCAACUGUUUUCACUCGAGAGUGAAAAUGAAACUGAACGGCUUCUUUAGUUGUGAGUGGUUAUAGCAACGCAAAGCGUGGCUGCAGAAAAGGCGGUAAGAGCGGGCUGCGAUGUUUUCUGGGCUCCAUGGCUACAGUCAUGGCGGACAGCGGCAGGACGGUGGUCGUAUCCGGUGUGCCUGCGGUGCUGGAGUUCAGCAGAAUGGUCGACAAGUUGACUAUUCACUUUCAGAGCCGCAGGAGAAGUCACGGAGGGGACGUGGAAGUCGUGAAAUACCCCACUAACAUGGGCGGAGUAGCCUUCGUGACUUUUGACCAAGCUGAAGAUGCAAAGCGGGUGGUGAGAAAGGAGCAGCACAUCAUGAUGGAUGAGGAGUUUACUCAAGACUACACUCUCACUGUGUUUCCCUUCAGCACUGAUGUGUUUCUGUACGUGGCCGGAGCUACGUUGGACCUCUCAGUUUUCGGCAGCGAUCAGGCCUCUCUGAUCAAAAGUCUGCAAUCAAUUCACAGAUCAAUCCGCUUCCAAGCGUCGCCCCAGCAGAGGAAGGCCUCCAUAGAGGGUCCCUUCUCUGCCGUCCGUGCCCUGAAAGAGGACCUCAUCUGCAGGGCCAGCCAUCUCAGACCCUCAUCCCAAACCGCAGUUGGCAAACCCAGAGCUAGCUCUCCUCAUCCUAGACUAGCAUCCGAGAAUAACCCAACAAGCUGCAGAAGCACAGAAGCUAACAGGGAAGCAACAAACUCCAGCAGCUUAUCAAAGUCACCUCACAGCAUCGGAGAAGCAAGAGAAGUCCAAAGCCUGAUCUCAAAAGCAGAAACUCCAAAAGCUUCCUUUAGGCAGAAAGUGUCUAAUGAGAAUUUGGCUGGAGGGAGCUUCAGACAAGCGGUUGGGGAGGAAAUAAGUACACGACUCGUCUCCUCAUCAGGGCUUCCAUGGUUCCCUAUGGAGGAAACAUUCACUAAACAACAAAGAGAUUAUAGGAGUCUACAACAACCCGGCAGGUCGGACAAGAUCCCUGCCAUCCAGAGCGGAGCUAAUUAUGGGAAGGAUCCCGGCAGCCCGAUGAGGAACAGUAAGUUCCCUCAGAAUGACCUGAGAAAAGGUUCAACUCCCUCAACAAGCAACGCAGAGGCUUCUGAAGCCAUUUUGGUUGACUUGCACACAUUCAGGUACAUAGAAAAAAUUUGCAAGACGGAGUUAGACAGGUGCUUGAAGGACGUUGACAUGACUACCAAGGAAGUAGAAGGAGCUGGAGUUAUUCAAAUAUUGCUGAGUGAGAAACAACCCUCUGGGACCUCAUCAAGAACCCUCAAAGACACUUUGGGAGACCUGGAGAAUAUAAUCAACAUUUGGCAGUCUCAACUGAGAGUUCACGUGAUCUUUUACAACAAAGCAAAGUUUUUUGACAAGCAGAAACUGAUUGAGAUCUGCAACUAUGUGAACUCUUGGUAUAGUAACGUUCUGUAUGUGUUGGAGAAUUCCUGCAUUAAAGUGAUCGGCCCUUUUGCUCACAUCCUCCUGUUCAGCAAGGAGCUGGAGGACAGGAUGGAGAAAUACACUCCUGUGAAGCCUAUUAUAGGCAAAAGCAGGAGAUAAAAUCACAUGAGACCACAAGGGGGAGCUGUUGGGCCUGACAAAACCUUUUCUUGCACUGAAAUUAGCACGUACAUUUCUAUUUCUACAACAAAAGUGCCCAAACAAAAACGGCUUUUGUUUUAGUUAAUUUUAGAUUUCUGUAAUCUGUUUUGCAUAAAUUAUUGCUCUAUUACAGUAGACAAACUUCUGAUUAAAACCUAAAAGGUGACAGAUGACAACCUGUCAUCUAAUCAGCUCACUACAACUUCUUUCAAUAAACUCAUGCAGUAUUUUGAUUGAUCUGUCGCCAACAAUAAAAUACUGACAUCU